AUGAUGAUUCAGCUGCAGGGCACUGAGGAAGGAGGUGGUGGAGGAGGUGGCAGCGCGGACAGGCUGAGCACUGAGGAGCUGGAGUGUAAGAUCUGCUACUGCCCGUACAGCCUGGGGAGUCGCAGGCCCAAGGUGCUCGAGUGCUGUCACCGUCUUUGCGCCAAAUGCCUGGCCAAGAUCUUGGACCUGGGCGAGUCGCCUCCGAACGCCGUGGUGUGCCCGUUCUGCCGCUAUGUCACCGGGCUUCCGGGUGAGGCGGCGAGCAGCCUGCCAGACGACUGUAACCUGGUGGCGGCGCUGGCCCUCCAGAGCAGGAACCAGAGGAACCUCCACUUCCACCAGGAGGGGAGCGCCGAGCUGCUGCUCAGCCCCAGGCGCCUGAGCUCGCUGAUGGGCAGCAACCCCUCGGCGUCCCUAUCCUCCUCCUCUUCCUCCACUGCCACCACCACCUACUCGUCCAUCCGAGGCUCCCCUAACUUUGUGGUCAUCACCAUCAUGGAGCCUCCUCCCGCGCCCGCCUCCAGCCAGGACCUCCGUUUUCACCGACAGUCCCAUAACUCUCUGGGGCUUUCCGCGGGCCGGGGCUACCGCUCGUCCAGUCUGGACUCCAUGGCCUCCGUCACGCAGAGGUGGACGGUGUGGAACUGUGCGGCCCUGCUGUGCCAGACCUCGGCCCGGGCGCUGGUGUGGCUGCUGGGGCUGCUGUACUUCAGCUCCCUGCCCAUGGGGGUUUACCUGCUCAUCAUGCAGAGGACGACCCUCGGGGUGCUUCUGGUGAGCCUGGUCCCCGCCAGCCUCGUCAUGAUCAUGGUCUACGGCUUCUGCCAGUGCAUUUGCCACGAGUUCUGGGACUGCUACCCGCCAUAACGGCUCAAAACAACAACAACAACAACAACAACAAAAACAUGGAGUGCUUUGCUUUGAAUGCGCUUGAGAAAAUUUCUCCAGAAUUUUCCAUUUUCACUAAAGAGGAUGGCAUCAUAACUGUCCACAGGAACAGAAACCUGGUGGACAAAUGGUUCCACUUCUAUCUAUUUCUUGAUCUCCUGUCACAAUUUGAAGAUUAUAUCAAAGGGGAGUUAGAUCAGGUUAUUUAUAUUCAAGAUGGAAUUCAGAUUUGGGGAUUUUUAAUGCUUUCCAUGUAUUGUGUUAACAGGUAAUGUAAUUUGUGUGUUGUUUUAGCUGAAUCACCAACUAAAACUGUACUGCUAUUUAGGUAAAACUUGGCAAAUAUUAUCGAGGUUGAUUUUGUUGCUUGAGAGGAGUUGAAAGUGGUAAUAAUAAUUUCCUGUGGUUCCGAGGGAUCUGAUGUGCUAUAUGACAGUGGUUCUCAGCCUUUUCAGCUUGUAACCCCCGUCCAAAACAAAGCCUGGCCCAGUCGUGACCCCCCUCUCACAGGAGCAAACACCCCCAACUGUGAACUCUGACAGCCCGCGCUCACCAAAUUUCACGAGAUGAAUGAGGUCUUUGUCGCGUUAUGUGCACGGAAAGUGGAAAAGAAAUAUGUUUUGCCACCUUGAAAGGAUUACAUAGAGGAGACAUAACAAUACACAGGGAGUAGUUGUUUUCUAUUAAAGUGGCAUGGUGGACAGUGACCACCAAGCGCCGCUGUAGCUGACAGAUUUCUGUAAGACCAUGGCUGUGUUGCUUCCGGGAAUAUUUUCUAGUAGUAGCAAGUGGUUUGUCCAGCCAAUGUGACAUUAUUAUAUAGCUAUAACCCUAUGGAAACAAUU